CAGACGGGAGGGGGCAUCAAAGACGUCCUACACGAACAAACUGCAUGUUGUCCCGGGUACAGUAACCAAUUGAAACAGGAGAAGUUAACAUCCGAUUAAGAUGCUCGAUGCCGAAGAGAGUUUGCCGCCGAGGGGUGUCAACGGGUCGCUCUUCCAGGAAAUCGUCACGACUGAUGUCACGAAGAAAUUUAAAGAGCGUCACUUCGCACUCCCACUGAGGAGCGAUGGUGAAACGCCGCUUGGGCCGCUAGCGCUAUUUUCCUUCAUUGUCCAGACACGAGUGGACAAACUUCCUUACAAGCAGCAGGACCUCGAGUUGAAAUCCGCUCUCAGAAGUCAUCUACCAGACGGAGUGCUCCUGGGGGCCAAAGAAAAAGGAGUGAUGUUUCCUGUCGUCCACUUCACGAAUGACAAGAAUUCGCUGAAGAAGAGGCUUUCCGAUGAGUACCUGCUGGAAAACGGGUUUUUAUUACAUCAAGGUGUUUAUCGAGAAGUGAGAAGCAUCUGCCCAGAAGGUGAGCACCACCGGACGGAAACAGUCUUGCCACAGCAUGUCGGCUACAUCCUACUCGGUUUCAAAAGUAUAGACAAAAAUUUCAGUCAGGUAAUGGUCGAUUCGUGGAAAGACUGGACGGGUGCUCGAUACAUUUACAUGUACCUGCCUGAUGAGCUAGGCCUCACCAGGAUCACCUUUUACACCCGCGAAGCCCCCGACAGCCUGAAUAUGUUCAUGUACGUCGUGCUCGUCGAAUGCCGCAACAUCUCGACGAGAGAGAGACAAAUGAGACUUUUAGACUUUGCGCAGCGUAUGCGAGUCGAGAGGAUGUCAGGCUACAUCUCCGUCUAUGGGAUAACUCCAAUGAACGAUGUUUCGAACUGAUGUGAUCUUUAGAUCUGCACUCUAACAAAAAGAAGAAAAAUAAUCAAACGGAAAAAAUAAUUUACUCACUUAUUUUAAGAAAAUGUCGAUGUGUCUUGUGAAGAUUUCUUUCGCCAAUUUUUUAUUAUUAUUUUUAUUUGUAUUUAAUUUAAGUAAUAAUUUUGUUGUGAUCAAGUGUGUUUUUUAAUAUUAUGUAAGCUAACUAUUGAUAUGAUCUCAGUACAAAACUGUGAACGUUGAAAA